CAACAUUUUCCCAGCAGUUUCCUUGAAGCGACUGAUUCCUUCGUUUUCAUUUUUUAUUAUUGUAAUUCUUUUUUGUCUUUUUUUUCCCCAAUCAUAUCCUACGUUGGAAACUCCUAAAGCAUGGAGGCCAAAGUAAUUUCCAGCGGAGUCAAAUAUUCGAGCCUCCCUAGAAAUUACGUCCGACCUGCGUCAGACCGACCCAACCUCGCCGAAGUUUCCGACUUCCACAACGUUCCCCUUAUAGACAUGGCCUGCCCUGACCGGUCGCUCCUCAUCUCCCAAAUUGGAGAUGCUUGCCGAGAUUUCGGUUUCUUUCAAGUGAAGAAUCAUGGGGUGUCGAAAGUGGCGGUGGAGAGAAUGUUGAAGGUGGCUAAGGAAUUCUUUGAUUUGCCGGUGGAGGAGAAGUUGAAGCUCUAUUCCGAUGAUCCUUCCAAAACUAUGAGGCUUUCUACCAGUUUCAAUGUCAAGAAGGAGACCGUUCAUAAUUGGAGAGAUUAUCUCCGGCUUCACUGUUAUCCUUUGGAGACUUACGCUCCUGAAUGGCCUCACAAUCCUCCUUCUUUUAGGGAAAUAGUAAGCGAUUACUGCAGAGAAGUGAGGGAACUUGGGUUUAGGCUGCAAGAAGCCAUUGCAGAGAGCCUGGGCCUGGAAAGUGAGUCUAUCAAGAAUGUGCUGGGUGAACAAGGUCAACACAUGGCAGUUAACUACUACCCUCCUUGCCCUGAACCCGACUUGACUUAUGGGCUUCCAGCCCACACCGACCCAAAUGCACUCACCAUUCUACUUCAAGACUUGGACGUUGCAGGCCUUCAAGUGCUCAAGGAUGGCAAAUGGUUAUCUGUCAAACCUCAUCCCAAUGCCUUUGUCAUCAACAUUGGUGAUCAAUUACAGGUGCUUUUUUCCAAUCCAUUAUUCUAUCACAAAGUGUAGCAUUUUCCAAAAGAUGAAUUUUACCAAAUAAAUGCUUUUGGAUUAUAUUUUAUACACAGGCAGUGAGUAAUGGGAAUUACAAGAGCGUUUGGCAUCGAGCUGUGGUUAAUGCCGAGAAGCCCAGGCUGUCGGUGGCUUCCUUUCUUUGUCCCUGUAAUGACUCCGUAAUCAGCGCUCCCAAGCCCCUCGUAGAUGCUACCGCAUCACCCCCUAUUUACCGGGAUUUCACCUACGCCGAGUAUUACGCCAAGUUCUGGAGCCGAAACUUGGACCAAGAACAUUGCUUGGAACUUUUCAAGAAUUGAAAUUGUAGCCCUGCGUUUAGGUAAAAAUUUAUUAGUUCCCUCCGCUUAGGUUACAUUCUGUACUUUGUUUUUCAACUCCUUAAUCACCUACACCCCUAUGGAUAUAACAUGAUUCAUCAUCAUGUUUUCUCCAUCAAUUUUGACCUUACAAUGUGCUCUACUGUUUCGUUUUAAAGAUAUUGUCCACUGAGCUUAAGAAUUUUAGUGAUCAUUUAUGACUAUUUGAUCUAAAUUUUAAAGUGAAUUGUUGCAUGGCAUAUUAAUAUCUUUGGAAGUAAAACUGUCCAAUAGUUUUGCCAACAAUAUUACAAGGAGGACUGGAGGAGAAUUAAUGUCUGACCACUGACAGAAUCAGAUUGAAUUUUUUUUUUUUUUCAAAAAAAAGUGAGAACCCAAAUUUUAGAAACCAAAAUAUAUAAUAGUACUAAUAAAGUUCACCCCUGUUAUUUUCCAAAUUAAUACGCAUAAUAUAUCCAUUUAUCUGUUUUUUUUUUUUUUUCAAUUUUUGUUGUCCAGAUGGAUAUGGGCAUCCUGGGACGAGUUUCAGGACUCGGAUCAUUAAUAUGGUAGCUAUUAUGAGGUCCAUCUCCAUGGCAGGCGGUCCCAAAUUAGCUUACAGAUUUAAAAUUGUAAUCAUUGUUGUUGUAUGAUAAUAAUAAUAAUAAUAAUAAUAAUAAUAAUAAUAAUAAUAGUAAUAAUGUAAGCUUAUGAAUCUUCUGGCUUUGAUUCUCAUUGAAAGUUCAGAAGAUUUUGAUUUGUGAGACCGGGAAAACUCCUUGUUUCCUGUCCUCAAGUAAAUCAUGUUAGUCUUUGGGUUCCUUGGGCGAGCCGUUGAUCAGGUAGUAGUACUGCUUGUACAUUAUAGAACACUUGUAGCUUGAUUUAGGUUUUUGUUAUUGUUAAGUAUAAAUGUCUUAUGCUACCUGUAUUGUGUUAUCUGAUGCCAAAUGCUAAAUAAUCAAACCGAUUCAUAUGAUAACGUCAAAGAUUUCUGUAUAUGAUUUAUCUGUUAAUCUUCAGGGAGUACAUAAGUUGUGCGAACUUAUUUGAUCAAAACAAACAUAUAAGAACACAUGAGGUGGUGCCUGUAGAGCAGUUAUAAGUAGAUCUACCUAUUUAGUUAACGAAGACUAACUAAAUCAAAUAAUGGCACUGUGUGGAAGGAACAUAAGGUUGAUUGAUUGAUAAUUUUAUUGCCAUGUACAAAUGGUCCAUAUUCCAUAUCAUUUUUUCCAUCUCGACGUUGCAAACCAACAGGUGGAAGGAAAAGAAAGAGAGAAAUACACUUUCUCCAUUUACAAAAAAUAGAGACAAAAGAAAGCUAGCUAUGAUAGUAUGAUGGCUUCAUUUCAAACUCUUAACAAAAUCAAACAAGAUAAAAAUCGUCAAAUCACAUCAAACGCCACGAAUCUUCCCCUCAAUUUGCAGAGAAAAAUCAGUUUGAUUGAUCAUUUCAAGAGUUCCAUGAUCCAAGUAUUGACGGCAGAGCAAAUCUUGUGGAAUUCUCUGAAUCCAGCACCCUUUGCCAAGGCCUCAAAUUCCUUCUCAGUCCUCUCUUUCCCGCCAGGGUUGUGGGCUAACAUUAUCACGUCCACAUGGACGGUGUUCUGUGUCGCCAGCGACGUGUCCGGUGCUUCCGGAAGUAUAAACUCAGCCAGGAUGACCUUUCCGUUCGCCGGAAGGGCAUCAUAGCAGUUCUUCAGCAGUUUCCGGCAGUGUUCAUCGCUCCAAUCAUGACAAAUCCACUGCAAACAUCGCACAUAAAACCAUGGCAUUUCAUUACUUUUUGUCACUUUUUUUCUUCUUUUUUUUUUCAUUUUGUAAUCAGUGUGCUUUCACUU